GAAAAAGUGCCUGGUUUUAGUCAGACCCCGGUACUGUGACGGACAAUGUCUGCAGGUCAGCAGAUUAGUGCAGUACGGUGCUGUUGAAUAUGGACACGGAAAAUUGCACUAACCUAUACUUACAAGUCUGUCAAACUCUACUAACUUGUAAGUAUAAUGAUCCUGCAUCCUUUGCGGACCUGUAUAAAUUGCUACCUUGGUUCAGACAAUCACUAACGUGUUGUGUUUGCAGCGAUGUCGUGAAAGACCCAAUGUCAUCGACGGAGUCUGCAUGCCAGCAUUUUGUAUAUUUCAGGCCACUUUGUGUAAAUCAUCAAAAACCUGGGUGGAAUUUCAACUUUUUCUGUGAAAUGUAUGCAGUCCAAUAAUAUUGAAGUGUCUUUUGAUAUAAAAAAUACAAAACAUAUGAAAAAACAAAAUGAAAUUCAACAGUACACAUAAUUAUUCCCAACACUGCCACAAGAUACGGAACAUACGCAGGGUGAUCAGAGGUGCACAAUGCAAUGGAAAACCAAUGAUAUUGAAACCAUCAUGCAGUUGGUGCAAAGAUUUUACACUCUUUGAGCGAAAUGGCCAUCUUGCCAUAUUAGUGAUGUGUUUUGCAAAAAUAUGUGAAUUUAUUUCUAAAUCUCCAAUAAUGGAACAUAUAAAACAUCAUGAAGAAGAGCAGAAAGUUGAUCAAGACGUUCAAGGAGGACCUAAUGAAAGCGUAGAAAAAAAUGGAAAGAUGUUAUCUAAAAAGAAAUCAAAGGGAAAAAGAAGGGUUUAUCCUGGACCAAGACGGAGAUACAAGCAGCUGACUUUCAGUCUUAGUCAUGUGUUAAAUGAUGGUCUAGCAAUCAAAACAGAUUUAAUGGAUUGGUUAGACAAAAAAGUCUCUGAAUCGACAGACACCACAGAUUUAACACCCACAUUUUUGAAAGUACAGUCUGAGUUAUGUUUGGAUACGAAUGCAUUACUGUUAAGCUCAUUGGAAGAAAACAAUUUAGAUGAUUUUCAUGAGGAAAUUUAAAAGUGGACAAAACCUUCUUAAAAACGAAAGUAUACUGCCAUUUUGUUAACUAAUAUAUUGUUAUAAAGGAUUUUAAUGUUUAUUAUGGUAAAAGGACAGAUGAUAAGAUCGACUGAUUGUUUGUGGAGGACAAAGACUUCUUAAACGCUUACCACCCCGCUCAGUCCAGGAGAUACUUUACUCAUUCAAUAUGCAUUGCUUUAGCUAGUGGAAGAGUCAAUUGUCGUACUGCAAAGCAUGUAUCGUAAUUGAUUAUUCCAAUAAAAUUGAAUAUUGGGAGUUUUGUGGGUGCCCGAGGCGUUCUGAUGAUUUAGCAUGAUGUGCCAAAGGUUGAGUUAAUACCAGGGAUGGCCAAUUCGAAUAAAGUAUCUGAUUAUCUCUUCAUUCGAAUAUCGGAAUUAGCGUUCAUAAGAAUAUCGGAUAUUUGUGUGUCGUCACACAUUUUCGACGCCGCUUUAAAACGUUUCCGCUGAAUGAAAACAUUCUCGAUAGAAACUUGCGCGCGAUUGCUUUCAUCUGCGGGAGGUGGUAUUUAGGCCGUUAACGCCUUUACGUUUGUGUUAUUUUUUUUACUAUGACGCAAAUUUGUUCCACGAUAACGAUGACAAUUAUUUUAUUUUUCUACUCGCACGGAAUUGUGAAUACGUUCAUCGGCGACGAGUUUCUAAAGAAAACGCAAAUUUUUUGAUUGAAAAGCGGCAAUUUAAAAUACCGAAAAUAAAACCGUAAACCAAAUAGUUUUUACUGAGGCCCUCGACAGUUUAAAAUACGGCAGUGAAAAUCGCAAAAUUUCGUGUGCCUCUGGCACUUAUUAUGUUUGGUCCGCUUUUAGAAACAUAUCGUCACUAAUUGAGGGCGGGAUUUACCUGAGUAUCCAUUACUUUAAUUAAAUUCCAGUCGAAAAUUUUCGUGUUAACAUUAUUAUACAAGGCUUAAAACGCGACUUUAUCCCGGG